AUGGCUACCGCAGCGAGACGUACUGGUCGACCCAAAAUCCAUGGUCCAGAAUUCUCAGCGGAGAAAACAUGGAACGCACUAUCCCAGAACAUCAGGGAGAUCCAGAACCACAACGCCGCCAGUCUUUCAUUCGAGGAGAACUACCGAUAUGCGUACAAUAUGGUGCUGUACAAAGAGGGCGACAUGUUGUACAGAGGAGUGUGCAACCUGAUUGCAUCCAACCUCGACCAACUGGCAGAGCAACAUAUCAUACCUCGGUUCCCAGCCGGUUCAAUCAACGAUCGCUUGCAGCGGAGUCAGGCGGGGGAGUUGUUGCUCAAGGCGUUGAGAGAGGUGUGGGAUGACCAUGUUAGCAAUAUGACGAAGCUGGGGCAGUUGUUGAAGUACAUGGACCGGAUAUAUACGAAGAAUGCGAACGUUCCGGAGACAUGGGACAAAGGCGUCGAACUAUUUUUGAAGCAUGUUAUCCGCUCCCCUAUCAAGGACCACCUCGUAUCAGGUAUACUUGAUCAAGUACAAUGCGAGCGGGACGGUCAUACCAUCAAUCGGUCCGCUGUGAAGGGAUGUGUUGAUGUGCUGUUGUGGCUCGAGACGGGGAAUUCAAUUACGGUGUACAAGAAGGAGCUGGAACCACCAUUUUUGAAGGAAAGCGAGGCGUUCUACAAGGAUGAAUCCAGGCAUCUGUUGGAUACAUGUGACGCCCCAGAGUACCUGCAGCGAGUGGAAGCGCGUUUUGAAAGCGAAGACUCGCGCAUCCAUCAUUACCUUUCUCCACAGACUUCAGCCGCCAUCAAGCAGAUCCUACAAGACCAUCUCCUAACACCCAAUCUAUCCGCAGUCAUCUCGAUGCCAAAUUCUGGCCUUGACGUUAUGAUCGAUGCCAACAAGCUGGACGACCUGUCUCGUCUUUAUCGUCUGUUUAUGCAAGUGCCCACAGGGUUGCCUGUACUCAGGAAGAGUUUGCGCGAGUCGAUCAUACGACGAGGGAAGGAACUUAAUGAUGCUUCGUUGGGUGCUGGGACUGCUGAUGCAGAAGGUGAUGGUCCACGGGAGGAAAAGGGCAAGGGGAAGGCCCGUCCUGUGAACACUGUGCUCCCUGCGGUCACUUGGGUACAGGACGUACUCGCUCUGAAGGACCGCUUUGACCAGGUGUGGAAAGAGGCGUUCCAAAGCGACCGUGAUCUGGAGGCAGCCAUUAACGAGGCAUUCGAAUCGUUCGUCAACGCACAUGGAAAAGCACCAGAAUACACCUCAUUGUUCAUCGACGACCACCUCAAACGCGGCCUCAAAGGCUCGCAUCUGGCGAAACGGUUACUCCAUGGUCGAUCAGUUAACGAUGAUGCCGAGCGAGGCAUGCUGGCCAAGUUGAAGCUGGAAUCCGGAUUCCAGUUUACAUCAAAGUUGGAAGGCAUGUUCAACGAUAUCAAGCUUUCGAACGAUGCAAUGGUGGAGUACCGAGAGUAUAUUCAGUCACGGACGGUAUGGUCGCCUUCUAUCAUCGCUGUUACUGGGCUGAUCUAUUUCGCCAAAAAGGCUCCCGCUAUCGAACUUUCAGUUACAGUUAUGACGACAACCUUCUGGCCAAUAUCACCUCCCGCUGUCCCAUGCGCUGUCCCCGACAUCCUAGCCGAAGCUUGCAAAUCUUUCGAGGGCUUCUACUUCUCUCGGCAUAGCGGUCGCCGGCUAACUUGGUCAAUGGCUCUGGGCAAUGCGGAUGUGAGGACUCGGUUCAAGACACGGACUCACGACCUCAACGUCUCCACAUAUGCUCUCAUUAUCUUGCUGCUGUUCGAGAACCUGGCAGAGAGCGAUUUCUUGACAUACGAGGAAAUCAAAGAAGGGACCGGGAUCGAGGAGCAUGAAUUGAAGCGAAACCUGCAAUCAUUGGCUUGCGCCAAGUUUAGGAUCCUCAAGAAGCACCCACCAGGCCGUGACAUUCACGAAGAGGAUUCGUUCUCAUUCAACCACGAUUUCUCAGAAAAGAUGCAAAGGAUCAAAAUCAGCACCAUCUCUUCGAAGCCAGAAACGACACGGGAGAGGCAAGAAACGAAUGAACGUAUUGACGAGGAGCGCAAAUUCCAGAUUGAAGCAUGCAUUGUCCGAGUUAUGAAGGACCGCAAACACCUUGCUCACAACGCAUUGGUGAACGAAGUGACGAAACAACUGUCGUCCCGAUUCCACCCUGAUCCUCUUGCGAUUAAACGGAGAAUCGAGGGUCUGAUCGAGAAAGAGUAUCUGGAGCGGUGCGAGGAUCGCAAGUCUUACAAUUAUCUGGCUUAA